CCACCAACCACUUGGUGGCCGCACUCGCCUUGCAUUCGCCUCUGGUUCUGACAUGGCAUCGUUAGCUCAAGUGCUGCCCGAUCGACCAGCCUUGGAAAGCAUGAAGCGUGCCGACCUUCAGAAACUGUGUAAGGAAUACGGCGUGCGGGCGAAUCUCAAGUCUGAAGAAAUUAUUGAUCUUCUCCUUGAAACCAGAAAGCCUAAUAUUCGGACCGUCAACCCGGCACAACGGACCGUAUCUACUAGACAGUCAAAUCGCACUACGGAACGCCUCAGUUCAGUCAUUAUCCACGAUCAUAUUGAACAAGACGACGACAGGCGAGAGACUUCCGACAUCGGGUCUAGGAAUAGGUGGAAACAGGCAGAAACCGAGCCGAUUGCUCCUGUUCAGCUACACCCUCCGCGAACUCGCAAAGCCAAAGAAACUCAAUCGAAGUUAGGGGUGGGGAGGCCCGUGGCUGCUGGAGGAAGCGGCGCGCGAGCAGUCACGAAAUCCGUGAAUAUUGCCAAUGGAAAACGAGGGAAAAGCAGGAGCGUGAAACUCCAGACCACGAUACACGAAGAACCCGAACCAACAGAACAGAGGCCUCUCAAUGCGGACGAUGAGCAACCAGCUGCAGGUCCAUCUCAACCCCGAGCUUCCAGUUCCGACCGAGAAGAUUCACGGCAACCGACAGGCACAACUUUUGACCAACGCGUGGCAGACGCGAUCAAUCCCCUGUUGCGGCAAGUUGAGGCAAUGAGGAAGGACCUCGAUCAAAUGAAUGCUCUCAAGGCCGAAGUCACGCAAUUAACGGCUCAAGUGGCCGCCAUACCACCUUUGCAAUCGAAGGUUGACUCUUUGAGCGCCGAAGUAAACGAUUUACGAAGCCGUGGUGCCCUAACCGAGGGCCUUAGUGCUGAUAUAUUGCAGAUGAAGAAUGCCGUGACCAAUAUAUCCUCCGCACAGGUCAAAUCAAAUUUAAACAACACCAGUCGACAACCAGUAGCUUCCAAUGACCAUCCUUUAUCAGAUGGCACAGCAUCUUUACCUCAUCCAGGAAUAGCUCCAAGUCUCCUUGGGAAACGGCAUCGAGACUCGACCCUGAGCGACGUCACAGGGGUGAUUGAAGAGGGGGACGAAGACAAUUUCUCUGACUCAGUCCUAGCACGAAAGGUCAUCAGGCCGAAUAGAAAACGGGCCCGCACGAUAUCACAGGCAGAUGCGGAACGCGAAGAGUCGUCAGAGCCGGAAGUCAGUGAACCAAAAACCCCUCCCAACAACAGACAGACACAGUCUGGUAGUCUGGGUUUCCAUUUCAAUGAUCCUGAGACGCCCGACGAAUAUAUCGAUCCUCCACCUCCAACAAACCACUUGCCUGCUUUCUAUGGAUCUUCCCCUUCCCCUUCACCAAUGCAAGGCUCUACCCAGAAUACUCCUGAGAAUCAACAUCCAUUCAACUUCACAUUUGCUGUACCUGUCCCUCCGACUCCAAACCCAACGUUUACAAUGCCUUUCACAUAUCCUGAGCCCCCUCAAUCACCAACGCCUGCCGGCCAUGGACAAAUUAAUAUCCAAGGACACUCAAAUAUGUUCCAGUCGCUAGGACUUCCACCUCCAAUACGACCGCGUUCUAGACUUCAAGGAGCAUCCAACCCAGUACAAUCUCGCGAAGGUUCUGCUGGGUUGGGUGCAUUCCUUAACCAGACGGCUCUUGGCCCUGACACCGAGCAGGAUGAUAGCCCGCCAGAGCCCGUCAAUGCUGACCAUGGUGACGACGACGAUAGUCCGACCGCGAAGCGCACUAUGUACGGGACAGAGUUGGAGACUGAUACUCGAUUUGGUGAUUUUGGUUUAGAUGGUGUAGCGAGUGGUGGUUUUUGGGCGCCGCCGAAAUUCGGAUAAACACGCGCGUGCUAUUGCAGCUUUAGGUAUCUUUGGAUAUACCGUGAUGGCUGCUUGUGGGGUACGCAACUUGGGGAGUAUAUUAAUUGCGCUCUAGUGUGUACAUAUCUUCUUGAAUUGUUGUAAAGUCAGGUAUCUAUAUAGUCAUCUAGUGAAAGCAUCAUUCGUCUAGUAAUCAUUGACAACCGUGAUUUCGUCAUGCAGUAGUUCUUUGGGAUCUAGAUGGAAGGUACGAAGGACAUGACCUCUUGGUAAAGUAGCUCUUUUAGUUGGUCUU